UGAUCAUACGGUACGGAGACUAUUGUGUCCAUGUAGUCAUGAAAGUAGACCGUGUUAUAAAACUGGGUGGAAGCGCCAUAACAAGAAAAGACCAGCUGGAGACGCUGAAACUGGGAGAGCUUGAAUCUGGAGCUAAACUUGUGAAACGAUGUGUUGAUAAUCACCUGAAUUGUGUUAUUGUCCACGGUGCAGGAUGCUUUGGUCACUUUCAUGCCAAAGAAUACUCCGUAGUUUCUGGUUGUCAGAAAUUAACCGGAGAUAGUCAAGCUCGCGCAGCCAAGGGAUUUGUUUUAACCAGACAAUCAGUCACCAAGCUCAACAAACUGGUUGUAGACUGCUUGAUAUCUAAUUCUGUUCCAGCCGUGUCGGUUUCGCCGUGUUCUUCCUGGAAAACACGGGAUGGUAAAGUAUUGAGGGAUGGUGUGGAUGUUGUGGCGGAUUUACUAGAGAAGGGAUUUGUGCCAGUGCUUCACGGGGAUUGCUGCCUGGAUACGAUCAGAGGCUGGACUAUCCUCAGUGGAGACACUAUUAUCCAAACUAUCUGCGAGAAAUUGACUGUAGACACUGUGGUUUUCCUGACUGAUGUAGAGGGUGUAUAUGAUCGACCACCAUCUGAUGCAAACGCAAACCUUUUGCCCGAGAUCCUAGUGCAAGAAGGAGGAACUACCGUGGACGUGAUCACACGAACAACUGGAUGUGACGUCACAGGAGGGAUCAAGCAGAAGAUCGACUCGGCUGUUGGAGUUGUUACACAGACAAAGGGAUCAACGUCAGUCUUUGUGUGUGGCAUUAAUGCACCUGUGGCACAAAGAGUGUGUUUGUCUGGUGUGAGCGAAUCCAGAGGGGACGGAACAUUGAUCCGAUUGGCGGAGACUGGUACUUAAUAUAACCUUCAAACAAUCUUGGUGCCACGAGUUUAUCCAUCUGUGUAUCUUUAUUGUAAUAAAUGCUCGCCUUUUCAUCGUAUGUUUGUCGGGACUGUGUUUCACUU